GUGCAAUCAGAGAAACGUACUCUUCUGGUUUCUUUAUGCCAUUCCUGCUGCCAACGAUAUAAGUCCCAGCAAAUGCAGUCUUCUCAUGGAAUUUGCUAGGAGGCAGGAUGGGAGGUGAUGGAACUGUUGCAUAAUCCAGAUAAUUCCAUUGAGGCAUCCAAGAAGGGUAUCAACACUUCUACCUUGAGAACUUGUUCACAUCUACCAAUGGCGUACAAGAUGAAAGGCGUAUUCAAGGGCCUCAAGGUCAUCUCCCAGAUCUUUGUGGUAAAAGAGCACCAGAUCGAGAUCGGUUAUCCGACCGAUGUGAAGCACGUUGCGCACAUCGGUUGGGAUAGUCCUACAGGGAGUGUAGCUUCUCCUAGCUGGAUGAAUGGCAUGGAGUCGCCGGACUUUUCAUCGCUGAGCAAUGCCGGACCAUCUGCACGAACCUCCUGGGCUUCUCAAGAUCUUGACGAGCCUCGAGAUAUAUCACCCUUCGGUAUAUUUCCGGAAAGUGGCGGCCAAGAAACAGCCCGACGGUACCCUGACAUACCAAAGCCACCCAGGAAGUCAAGAAGGAAGAAAUCCAAGAACAACUCGCCGAGGGCAUCCUCAAGGUCGAGGUCGAGAAGCUCAUCUUCAUCUACCGCUGACAGUUUCGGUGUUAAGGAUAUGCAAGCGGAAAUCUAGAUUGUAUAGGUCAUUCGAUCUGACGUCUGAGAGUAAUUGGUUCUUUUUGUUGAGUGGUUGAUUAGCUGUUGAGACCCUUUUAUCUUUGCGGCCGGCUCAGAGAAAAUCAGCAGUAGAAAUGUCCGGUGGAUGCGUGAUGAGAGCCAAUAUUAUACGAUCGAACCUGCAUGAAACGACCAGCAACGGGCAAUGAUAUUGUGGUUCCUCGAAUGAAAUCGACAAGUUCUACUCAGUGUGAA